AUGGUUGAAUCCUCCAACCCACCUCUCCCUUCCCUCCCUUUCCCAUAUCUUCUCCAUCCCUCAGAUUCACCAAGCUUAACCCUUGUCAAUGGACUCCUAACCGGCGACAACUAUCCCAAAUGGCAAAAAGCCAUGACCCGAGCCCUCAAUGCCAAAAACAAACUUAGUUUUGUUGAUGGCACUCUCAAAGCUCCUGAACCUAAUACACCCGAAUACACCCGAUGGAACCAAACGAAGGAUAUGGUUCUUACCUGGAUCCUCAAUUCCAUUAGCCCCUCUCUUGCCAAUUCUCUUGAAUAUCACACCAACCCACGUGAAGUUUGGGUGGACCUUUCCUCUCGUUUUUGUCGUGGCAAUAAUGCCAGAAUCUACCAACUCAAACGGACUCUAUCUUCCCUACAUCAAACCACAAAUUCCAUUCAUGAUUACUAUAACCAAAUCAAACAAAUUUGGGAUGAACUUGGUCAUCUCAAACAAAGCACUGACCUCACAGCUUUACAGCAGCAAGCGGAUGAUGAACAGGUAUUCCAGUUCCUCCUCGGUCUCAACGAUUCCUUCGCCUCCCUCCUCACUCAAAUCUUAGCCAUGGAUCCACUUCCACCCAUAAGCAAAGUCUUCUCUAUUUUGUUUCAAGAAGAGCAACAAAGGCUGCUCAACAUUAGACCCUCUCAAUCGGAAACCAUGGCCAUGCCAGUUCGAUCUAGUGGACGCCCAAAAAACUCUUUCAAGUGCACAGCUUGCGGCAAAGAUGGCCAUACCCGCGAUCGUUGUUGGACUCUCGUCGGUUACCCACCUGGCCGAAACCCGCGACCCAAGACCCAGCCAUCCAUUCUCGGACAGCCUCCGUCCAGCGUCAACCAGACCACUGCCGCUUCAUCGGCUUCAAGCCCGGUUCCUGGCUUGUCACCGGAGCUCUACCAGAAGCUUCUCGGCUUGCUCGCGCCAUCAUCUUCUCCGAUUGAGUCAUCUGUGAACUUCAUUGGUAACCUCUUCUCCCCUCAUCUUGAUUUUCCUCUCAAUCGGCGCCUCCAUUGGGUGGUAGACAGUGGCGGGAGCCACCAUAUCUGCCACCACAAGGAAGCUUUCGCCGAUCUCCAACCCCUUGCAGCCCCCCAUUCGAUUCGGCUUCCCACGGGUCAAGAUGUGCCUGCUGAGGGACCCAUAGUCGAUGAAGCUUAUUGGAGCGGGUGA